AUGGCUGAAACCCUGGAUCCGUUGUCACCCACAGUGAACAGUUCAGGACGGAGUGAACUAGGCAUCAUGGAUAAGCUGAGGUUGAGGAUUGGAAGAGGUGGAUCUGCUACCAGGCCGGCCAGUGAAGGAUAUGUGGAGUUUGGUGAGUUCCGGACGGAGCGGCCUGGUAUCAAGAAGGUGGGCACCUUCGCUGGUGUCUUCUGUCCAGUCGUGCUGUCCAUGUUCAGUGCGCUGGUCUUCAUACGAAUGGGGUAUCUGGUGGGUAACGCAGGUCUAUUGGUGACCCUCGGCCAGUUCGGGCUGGCCUACCUGAUUGUAAUAUUCACGGUUACAUCAAUCUGUGCGAUAUCUACCAAUGGAGCUGUUGAAGGUGGAGGUGUAUACUUUAUGAUCAGCAGAACGUUAGGUCCAGAGUUCGGAGGCGCGGUGGGGACAUUGUUCUUCUUUGCGAAUGUGGUGUCCAGCGCUCUCUGCAUAUCAGCGUGUACUGAGGCCCUGGUUGAAAAUUUCGGCCAAAAUGGUUACUUGGUAGGAGCCAACACGGGUAUCCCAGACGGCUGGUGGUACCGCUUCAUGUACCGUUCAGGGCUGAAUGCCAUCGGUCUCGGAGUGUCCUUGGCUGGAGCCUCACUCUUCGCUCGCACCAGUCUAGCCAUCUGGAUGAGCAUGGUCAUCUGUCUGGGCAGUGCUUUCAUCAGCUUCUUUGUCACUCCUAUGGCUACCAUUCUAAAACCCGACACCAAUCACUUAGUGAACAUCACAGGAUUUAUCUACACUGGUCUAAAUUCCACCACGCUGUAUGACAACCUGUACCCCGCUUACGGCCGGGACUAUACGACCACGGACGGACAGAUGGUGGACUUCGCGUCCGUUUUCGGGGUCCUAUUUACCGGGGUCACUGGGGUUAUGGCGGGAGCUAACAUGAGCGGUGAGCUGAAGAAUCCAUCCCGCAGUAUUCCAUUCGGUACCCUAGCGGCACUACUGUUUACCUUCAUCUCGUACAUCGCACUGAGUCUGCUGACCGCCGCCACGUGUACCAGGGACCUGCUCAUCAAUAACUACGUUUAUCUCCUACCUAUAAAUAUAUGGCCACCUUUUAUCGCUGUUGGUAUGCUAAUGGCCACAUUCUCUGCUGGUCUGUCAAAUUUGAUUGGCGCUUCACGGGUACUGGAAGCUCUAGCGAAAGAUAAUAUUUAUGGCUUCCUCCUCCGACCAAUGGUCUCCAGAUCCGGAAACCCAGUGAUUGCUGUCCUGACAUCAUGGCUACUGGUUCAGAUCGGCAUCAUGGCGGACUCCCUGAACGCCAUAGCUCAAGUCAACUCCGUACUCUUCAUGACCAGCUACUUCGCUAUUAAUUUGGCUUGUCUUGGACUUGAUCUGGCUUCUGCACCGAAUUUUAGACCGACAUUCAAACAAUUCUCAUGGAUGACGUCACUGCUCGGGCUCCUCGGGUGUGCGGGUUUGAUGUUCGGGUUGCGCGCACUGUACUCGUGUGGAGCAGCCCUGGCGUGUGGCUCGCUGGUGGUAGCCCUGCAUCUGUUCUCACCUGCUGCUGCAGAUCCUACCUGGGGAUCGCUUAGCCAGGCCCUCAUUUUCCAUCAGGUCCGCAAAUACCUACUACUUCUGGACCCUCGACGUGAACACGUCAAGUUCUGGCGUCCACAGAUGUUGUUACUGAUCGCGUCACCCCGACAGGCCGCGCCACUUAUUGACUUCGUUAAUGAUCAGAAAAAGGGUGGUCUAUUCGUGGUUGGCCACGUAAGGGUUGGAGAGUUGGAUGGCUCGGGAGACCCGCUGGCGGCUGAGCAUAAAUACUGGUUGAAGCUGAUUGACCAUCUCAAGGUGAAAGCAUUCGUAGAGCUAAGUCUAUCAUCCUCGGUCCGGUCUGGCGCGGCGCAGCUCGCUCGGCUGGCCGGGCUCGGCGCCAUGAAGCCUGAUACUGUACUACUCGGCUUCAGGGAUACUGCACCACCCAUCGAUUUCUUUAGAGACCCCGUUUCCCCCUAUAAGACGGAUAUCUUCGACCUGGAGUCUGGCGAGACGAUAUUCCCAACGCGCAAGCCGACAGACGAGCGUCUAUCCGCGUCAGAAUACGUGCGCAUUGUGUCCGACGUACUGUGCGUCAAUAAGAACGUAUGUCUGUGUCGACACUUCCAUAAACUGGACAUGGCCAAGGUGGAACGCAAGUCUCCGUCCCUGAAGUACAUAGACGUGUGGCUGGUGGAGCUGCGCAGCGCCAGUUGCGAGGAGGCGUUCACGGUGCGCGGCCUGUUCGCGCUGCAGCUGGCCGCCGUGGUGCGCUCGGCGCGCGGCUGGCAGCACCUGCGUCUGCGCCUGCACGCCGUCGGCCUGCCCGCGCCGCCCCCUAUCACCAUACACGGUGCGUAG